UAGCAGCCUCUCUCUAUCGUUAGACCAUUAGAAAAUUCAGCCAUCCAGGCCAUUCAAGCUCCUGUGCAUUUUCGUCCGUGGCGACUGUUUAUGUUUCCUUGCGUCCCGCGGCCGGCGACUUCGGACACCUCUCCGGCCAGCCCACCUUCCUUCCGAACUCCGAGUUUUACCUUCCCCUCUCCCGUUUUGCAUGGAUCCCUCGCCCUCCGCAAUCACUCUCCGACCGUUCGAACUCUCCGACGCCAGCGACUUCCUCUUGUGGGCUGGCGACGACAGGGUCACCCGCUACCUCCGCUGGGACUCCAUCACCUCCCUGGAGGCUGCUGAGUCUUACCUCCGGAACGUCGCCAUCCCCCACCCGUGUCGCCGCUCCAUCUGCCUCGGUGGCCACUCGAUCGGGUACGUCUCCGUCAGGCCUGGGUCCGGCGACGAGCGGUGCCGCGCCCACGUCAGUUACGCCGUGGGGGCCGAGUUCUGGGGGCGGGGGUUUGCGACGGCAGCGCUGAGGAUGGCCGCCCGCCGCGUCUUCGACGAAAUGCCCGAUCUGGUGAGGCUGGAGGCGUUUGUGGAAGUGGAGAAUAAAGGGUCGCAGAGGGUUCUGGAGAAGGUUGGGUUUGUGAAGGAAGGGCUGCUGAGGAAGUAUGGGAUUUGCAAAGGCGAGGUCAGGGACAUGUACGUCUACAGCUUGUUGUCCACGGAUGAGAUUUUGGGUUGAUCACAGAAAGAG